UGUAGGCUUAUAAAUGCAUCUCACUAUUCUCUUCACGCUUCACUCCACUGAGGAAAAAAAGAUGAACUGUCACUACAGAAACACUAUCUCUCUCUUGCUUUGUCUCUUCAUCACAUAUGCGUCUUCCCAGUCUGUAAUACAACAAAUCACCAAUGACUUCAACACAAAUCCGCAGCAUGAGGAAGGUGCAGAACCAAACCCAAACGUGGAAGAAGAAAUGCAUUACUUACAAAAACAUCAAGAGAUCUCAUCGCGUGAUUAUAAACUCUCUUCUUCAAACACACUGAAGGGUCUGAGAGAACGUCCUCCAUCGACCUACUCUUUGAAGAUGGAGGCUUUCCACAGAGUCCUUAAUUCAACAGAACAUUAUGAAACUCGUCCUUUUUCGGCUGGUGGAUACAACUGGACUCUUCGUGUGUACCCUAACGGGAACAACAAGGAUGGUGGUUCAGGCUACCUUUCCCUUUAUGUAGCCAUUGACAAGUCGAGUCUCGACGCUUCUGCACAUCAAGAGGUUUAUGCGGAUCUCAGGUUUUACAACUUCAACAGGAACCAGAGGAAGUACUUCACCAUCCAAGAUACCGAUGUAUUCCGAUUCAAUGCCUUCAAAACGAUGGGGGGAUUCUCUCAGGUUCUCCCUCUUGAUACGUUCAAAGACCUAAAAAACGGUUACCUUUAUGAUGGAGACCACUCCGAGUUUGGUGUAGAUGUAACUGUUCCUAAGCCUUUUGAGAAAUCAGAACUUUUAUCUUUUAGUAAGCGUUCAGACAGAUUCACCUGGACAAUUAGGGGAUUCUCCACGGUGACCCAAUAUACUUAUUCAGAUGUCAUCUCCUUCGCAGGAAGAAAAUGGCAAUUAGGAAUAAAUCCAAGUGGUAGUGGCAGCGGAAGUGGAAAAGCGGUGUCAUUGUUUUUUCACCUUCUUGCGAACCAGAGAACCGGAGCCUAUGAGGCGGUUUAUGUUCUAGCCAAGUUUCAAGUUCUUAACCAACUAAAACUCGGCAACAUCCAGAUGGAACUGGAGAAUUGGUACGGAAUAACAUCCUUUGGAUGGGGUUUCAGUGAGUUCGUCUCUUUUGAUGAUCUCAGAGAUUCAUCAAAGGGUUUCCUUGUGGAUGAUACACUGAUGGUUCAAGUCGAACUGGAGGCCAUUUCUACUACCAAGUACUUCCCGAGUUAGAUGAUUUUUCCAAAUAAAGGAAUAUGCUUUAUAUCAAGUAUCAACCACCACUCUGUGUUUUUUAUCGGCUAUAUUUAACCAGUUAAUAAUAAAAAUCCAUGUUUGUUUUUAAAGAAAGGAAAAUUUCAUAAAAACACGUCUGCUAUUUUUUUUUUAAUAACUCAUGAAUUACUCUCUAAACAGCAAUUCCAACAUCAUGCAAACAAAAUUGGAUAAAAAUCCAGAUAAUAUCAUUACA